AUGUCAGGACGCUCAACCCUGCAUGACGAGGUUGCCAGGUCAUACAUCCUACACGCUAUGCUGCGAGAUCUAGCUGAUCCACCCUAUGAGCUCGAACUUGAGGAGCUUGCGGCUCGUCUGCAGACACAUAUGCAUGUUCUCGAGUCCAUCCGUUCUACUCGAUAUCUCAAUGCUCGAGGACCUGUCCCUAAGCUUGACACUCCAUCUCUCUCGCUUGUCUGGGAAUAUGCAAAAGAUCCUGCCCAACAUGGACGAUUCCUCCACAUGCUCCGUGUCUCCCCGCAUGUCUUCGAAGUCAUAGCUGAGCUUAUUCGUGACCACCCGGUAUUCCAUAACGGUUCCAACAACCCACAAGCUCCAGUAGAGCAGCAACUCGCCAUUACCUUAUUCCGUAUGGGCCGCUUUGGAAAUGCCGCAUCACUUGAAGACAUCGCACGUGAGGCCGGGUGUUCCGAGGGAUCUAAGGAGCAGGAGAAGAAGUGGAUUGAUCAGCAGGUUGGGUUCAGAGGUCUAUGGCGUGAAGGGUGGGUUAUGUACGAUGGUACCAUCAUCGUGCUCUAUGCUCGGCCAGGACUUGAUGGAGAUGCCUAUUACACACGCAAAUGUAACUACGGUCUGAAUCUUCAAGUGAGUAGUAUCAUGUCAACAACAGGCUCCCUGAAUAAAUUGUCUUGGUAG